AUGAUUGUUUCUUGGAUCCAAAACUCCAUUAGUCCUUCUCUUAAAUCAUCUGUGGUCUUUGUUGAUGAUGCUAAGGAGAUUUGGCAAGACUUGUCCGAUCGUUUUUCCCAGCAAAACGGUCCACGAAUUUUUCAGUUGAAGAAGGAUUUAGCCAGUCUUCUUCAGGAACAUGAUUCUGUAAGUAUCUAUUAUGGUAAGUUGAAAUCACUCUGGGAUGAGCUUUCCAUUUACGAUCCUUUUCCUAUAUGCACUUGUGGUAUUUUGAAAACUCUUAUGGAUCGUCAUCAGAGGGACUGUGUUCUUCAGUUUAUGAUGGGACUUAAUGAGUCAUAUGCUCCCAUCAGAGACCAAAUUAUGUUAAUGGUUCCUCUUCCACAUGUUACUAAGGUGUUUUCCCUCAUACAACAGCAAGAACGACAUUCUCAAUUGACCUCUAAUGUUUCUUCUACUCAGACCAUGGCCCUUGCAGUUACGAAACCUUACCCUUCAUCCAAAUACCCUCCCAAACAAAACCCCAACUCCAAGAAGGAUCGGCCAUAUUGCAAUCACUGUAAGAUUUCUAGCCACUCGAUGGAAACCUGUUUUAAACUUGGCAAUGUUGUUGCUCCAGUUUGCUCCACUGUAAUCUUACUGGCCAUUUUGUUGAGAAAUGUUACAAAUUAA